UUUAUGGCCUCAGGACUAUAAAUUUGUAACCAAAUAAACCCUCCUUUAUAAAAACCAAUCCAUUUCUGGUAUUUUGCAUAAUGGCAGCAUUAGCAAACUGGAACACUAGGUAAAAAAUUCUGCAUGUGUAAUAGAGUUUUCCAUCUCCAAAUAUGAAAUGUUUUGAGCUUAUAUACUCAAAGCAUCUCUGCAUUUUUUCCUUUAAAUGAUCUCUUCCAAUAUUGCUCUUAAACUUCACAGUUCCAGACUGUUUUGCUAGUUAUCACUUCACACCCUUGCACAGCCCUUGCUUAGAGUAAACAUGCAACAUAGACACAGUUCUGACAAAUACAUAUCACUUGUCUCAAGAAUGUUUCUGUGUGACUAGGCUGAAAACUCAUAAGAUUAUAUAAGAAAACCAUGAAAAUGGAGUCAGUGAUUACCUAAAAUGCAUGCUAAUUAAAUAAUACAGAACAAAGUUUUAAAAUUUCAGAAAAGCAAAUGAAAACAGAGAAAAGAAAAAAAAAAUCACUUUGUAAUCAAAUGCCUGCAUCUAAAAUGAAAGUACAUCACUUGUUUUUGCUUCUGAAAUGUUUUUUUUUCUAUGUCUUAAUAUAUUCCUGAAGACUUCCAUACUUUGAAUUUUAAAAAAUAAUGCUGGGUGUAGGAUUUCUGUUUGGGGUGAUUGGAAAUUUCUGGUAAAGCUAUUGGUGAGGUAGCACUGUAUUUUGCACUGAAUUUUAUGCUGAGGAUUGGUUGAGAUGGGAAAGUUUAUGUUGAGUAUGUUUCCACAAUUUAUAAAAGAGAGAAAAUAAAGUAAUUAUGACAGUUAAAUGCAAUACAUGAUCCUGGACUGGAUCUAAUAAAAAAGAAAAUGGCAUGCAUCCUGUUCAUAGAAAAAUCCCAAUAAUGAAAUUAGGUCAUUUAUUCUGGGAAUCCCUAAUAUUUUGAUGCUUUUUGGGUUUUACAGUUCUUAGAACAUUGGCAAAAUCUGAUAUAAAGAGACAUGAGGAGGUCUUUAUUCAGGAGUAAAAUAUAUAUACUUCAAAACAAUGAAAAAUUUUGUAAUACAUAUUUGCAGUACAAAUAUGUCUACUUAUAAAGACUGCUUUGAUGCCCACAUCCUGAGUGAAUGUUGGUAGAUUACAAGUCUACCUUCUUGUAGAUUAUUUGCCCAGCACAAUUAAAAUCCAGAGAAUAGUUAAGAUCUCUUGGAAAAGAUAUUAAUGUUGAUUUUGAGACUUGUAGAAGGAAGUAAAGGACACAAUCUGUUUUGUAUAAUUACAUCUAUGUAAUUUAUCUAAUCAGAGUAAAGAUUUGUGUUAAUAAAGGCAUGCCCUGAUUAAAUGUGUCUUGACUGUCAUCUGAAUUAGUCAGGGCAUGUCUUCUAGCUACAGAACUGAUGACAUAUCAACUGCAUAAAAACAGAGUCCUCCAUGAAAAUGAUCCUUUUUCUAGAGUAAGAAAGAAGAUCUGAGCAUGGAAUGUGGUUAAGGUAUUGUCAAUAAGUCUUGGUUUCCUUGCAAUUUUAGUUUGUUUGGGUUCUAGUAAGGAAGAGAAUUUUAACCAACAAAGGACAAUUCUUCUGUAUUUUGUAAAUGACUUUGUUAAUCUGAAUGUAAUUGUUGUGUUUGACCACAGGCAUUUUGACCCAGGCUGAUUGAGGUCAAGUUAGGUUAUUUUGGUCAUGUGGUUUCUCUGUGUUCAUAAUCAUUAGCAUUUCCUGGAGGGAAAUGUGCCAAAAUCAGUAGGAGAGGCAGACAAACAGAUGAAUGUAUAAUGACAAAUUAUAUGAGAAACCUGAAGGGAAGGAACUCUGUGUUUAUACCUGGAUCAACAUCUUGGUUAUGUUCUGUGUCCAUGCAUUCAUGGACAAGGCAGGUAAUUGGAGUUGCUAGUACUGGAGACAGGCAUGGUAGAUACUUGGAAGGACGUGAGAAAUGUUCUCAGUAAGUAUAUGCUGAAAUGAGUAAGUGUGGAUUAUACUGUACAGUAAACAUUAGGUUAGUUACAGGCUGACAUUUGGGUAGUGGAUUCAAUUCUUGAAGAUUCCCAUUUGGUACAACCUGAGCAUGGGACAUAAUUAUCUAAACAAACUAUUUGAAGAGAAGAUAAUCAUUGAUCAUUGAUAAUCAAAAUGAGGGGUGACAUUCCAGGUAAAACCUUGGUGUAAGUCUUAAGGAAUUUGAACUUGGGAGACAGGCAGAAAAUAAAUCUAAACUCUAGCUUUCUUUCUUUUCCUAGCCAUGUAAUUUUCUAACAUUACUAAAGAUUUAUGAACCUCUGUUCAUUUUAUUUGUUAAAUAGGUAAAUUAUCCUUAAUUAGCAGGGUUUCUUUGAGGAAUAAAUAUACAACCAUUGUUUUUCUGGGUCAAAUACAAAUGGGUAAGUUAAUCUUCUGUUUCUGACAAUAUUAUCAUUUGCCCAUGAAAUGCAUGUACUUAUGUUAGGAGAGAAUUUACAGUAUAGAAGACCUUUCACCUCUAUAAAUUAUGCAUUGCAGGGUUGUUAUAGCUGAGGCUGAUUAAUAUAGGAAAAGAUUUCAGCUGCCACUUUACUAAAAUAUCAGAUAGAGAAAGUAGAUUUUUCUCCCUAGUUCUUCAUUCUACACUAUCUGAGCCUCCAAAUCUUAUGGGGAUUUGAGACAUUGUGGCCCAUGUAUUUCUGCUACUUUUUGACAUGGUAUUUUCACAGCUAGAUUUGUAUGGUGGAAUCCAUUGAUCCCUCCACAUGAAACAACUUCUUGGUUUGAUCAACCCCAUAAUGAAAUACAUUCUUCAGUAUCUUGGUUGAUAUCCAAGUCCAGUGUGCUGAGAUCUAGAACUUUGUGUUUAGAGUGUGGCAUUGUUAGAAAUCCCAUGUGGCAGAACCUAGAUUAUUUAGGGCAAGUGUACUCAGAAGGGCAGGUACAAGCUAAAGUAGGAAGGGAGUGAGAGUCCAGAGGGCUGGAAUGGAGGUUUCAUAAGCCAGGAAUAAUUACAUUUGAAAAAUUCCAGAAUUGUUUCUCUGUAGUUGGAGAUCUUAUUCCAGAUAUGACAUAGAUCAGGUAUUCCUGUAUUUUGGAAUCUGGCAGAGAAUUGAAAAUUUGAACACUGUGGGGUAAUCAAUAUAUACAACUCAAUUAUUUUCAUGUUCUUAUCUGUACAAUGAAGAUAUUCAUAUCUUAUUUCCCAGAGUAGCCAAGACCUUACCUUUGAUCCUGGGAGAGGAGGUUCCUCCCCAUAUUUCUCUUGUAGCAUAACUUUAUGUUCUUUAUUGUGCCAAGGUCACCCCAGCUGAAGGGUUUGAACUCAUGACCAUUGAGUCUGAAAAUUGGGGAAGACCAAAGUCUCAUGGCUUCUUUCUUCAUUGUCAGCUUUGCUCACCUAAUGCUUAUCUGGUUGUGCUUGAAAACCCAGAGGAAGACAGUUGUCCGCUGAACUAUUGACAAUGCAGCCACUGGAGUUAAUAACUUUGAAAGACGUAGCUAUAGACUUCACCCAGGAAGAGUGGGCCCUGCUGGACACAUCCCAGAAAAAGCUGUUCAGAGAUGUGAUGCUGGAGAAUAUCAGUCAUUUAGUCUCAGUAGGACAUCAGAUCUGCAAAUCAGAUGUAUGUUCCCAGUUGGAGCAAGGAGAUGUACUGUGGAGAGAAGGAGCUGUAUCAUUCCAAGUCCAGGAUUCAGGCAGGGAAAAUGGUCCUAAAAAACAAGAGAUGCUGUCCAUGCCACAUCUCCACAGGAAAGACUCAUCUGUCAUCAUGUCAUUGCAGAAAUCUCAUAUGCAAAAGGAUGCCAUUAGAAGUGGUGAACUGCUAGAAGAUUUCACUUACAGAUCCAGAGUGACUCAACAUGUUUUCAGUAAUAGGGGAAGAAAACCCUACUUCAGCAAUAUGUUUGGAAAAGCCCUCAAUGACCAGUUGUCUUGUAAUCAACAAAAGCAAACUUGCACUAGAAGUAAAUCAUAUGAAUGUCAUCUAAUUGGUAAAUCCUUUACUCAAAGCUCUGUCCUUACACAUUACAGUGGAACUCACAUCAGAGAGAAACCAUAUGAAUGCCACUUAUGUGAAAAAACCUUCAGUAAAAUUUCUAACCUUAGAUUACAUGAGAGAAGGCACACUGGAAAGAAACGUUAUGAGUGCCAUCUAUGUGGGAAAGCCUUCAGUCGUUCUUGUGUCCUUACAGAACAUAAGAGAAUUCACACUGGAGAAAGACCAUAUAAAUGUCAUCUGUGUGGAAAAGCCUUCACUUAUCGUUCUGCCCUUAGACAACAUGAGAGAAGCCACACUGGAGAGAAAUCGUAUGAAUGUCAUCUUUGUGCAAAAUCCUUCACUCACUGUUCUGGCCUUAGAAAACAUGAGAGAUUGCACAGUGGAGAGAAACCCUAUGAAUGUCGUCUUUGUGGGAAAGCCUUCACUAACUGUUCUUCCCUUAGACAACAUGAGAGAAUUCAUACUGGAGACAAGCCAUAUGAAUGUCUUGUAUGUGGGAAAGCCUUCACUCAUCGUUCUACCCUCACAAUACAUAAGAGGACUCAUACUGGAGAGAAACCUUAUGAAUGUCAUGUUUGUGCAAAAUCCUUCAUUAACUGUUCUGGCCUUAGAAAACAUGAGAGAUUGCACAGUGGAGAGAAACCCUAUGAAUGUCAUCUUUGUGGGAAAGCCUUCACUCAGUGUUCUGCCCUUAAACAACAUGAGAGAAUUCACAGUGGAGAGAAACCAUAUGAGUGUCAUCUGUGUGGGAAAGCCUUCAGUCAUCUUUCUAGCUUGACACGACAUGAGAGAAUUCACAAUGGAGAGAAACCUCAUUAAUGCCAUCUGUGUGGGAAAGCCUUUAGUCAUUGUUCUGGCUUUAGACAACAUGAGAAUACACACACAAAGAGAUACCAUAAGAAUAUCACCUAUCUGGGGAAACCUUAGUUUUACUUUUGUAACAUUGGACAUGAGAGAACACAAACUGGACAGAGACACUGUGAAUGCCAUGUACGUGAAAGGUUUCAGUCAAUGUUCUGACAUCCAAUGACAUGGGAGAACUCACACUAUGACUCUUUUUGAUAUGGAAGAGAUUUCAACCCUUGAGUAAACCUUUAAACAUAUUAGAGAAUUCGCACCUGAAGAAACACUAAUGACUCUGGUAGAGCCUUUAGUCUCAUGACUGCUUCAUCAAUUUACACCAGUUCAUACUGGAGAAAAUUUAUAUAAAUGUCACCUGUGAAGCAAUGACUUCAGUAGAUAGUCUGAUGUUAUACAACAUGAGAUAACUCAAAUACAGUGGAAGUGGAAGAACCUUCAUGCACUGAUCCAACUGAUAGACUAACCAGAGAAAUGACAGUAGAGAAAAAUUCUAUGCCUUUAAUCAAUUUGCCAAUGCCUUAUCUUUAAUUUUUCCCUUUAAAAAAAAAAGUGAACUCCACAGGAGAGUGCUAGGUCUGUACUCACUGUGCACCAUCAUUCAGCCAAGCACCAGACUUGGUAUUCAAUGGAAAACUCAUUGUUGGAAUAACCACCAAAAUAAGAGAGAAAAGUCUUUAUCAGAGAAUGAAUCCCUUUGAGGUAGUGCCAGAUAAUUCAUCCAGGAGAUGUUAUUCAGUGAAAAAUCAUGCAAAGUCAUUUAUUCUUACAGCAACACUUGUAUGCAAAUGGGAACUCACACUGUGUGAAACUCUUAUUGGUGUUAUGAAUCAAGGCAUGUCUUCAAUAAUCACUCAUAACAUUAAUAUUCUUAUGCUGAGAAAACACUUCUACCCAAUUCAGGAAAAUCUUCAACUGGAUUUCAACUCAGAAAAUUCAUAUUGGGAAAUAAAAUAUUUUAUAUGGGCCCUUUAGCACACAGUUCAGCAAAGAAUCAAGAAUUUUGAAUGAAACUUAGUAUUAAAAUUAUGUAGGAUAACAUGAGAUUGUGAAAUGUCCUAGGUAUCUGGAUGAUGGAUUUUGUAAGAAUAUAAAAUGAGGUUAGCUCAAUUGAUCACUAUUUGUAUACAUGUAAGCAAAAGAUAUUGCUGAAAAUCUAAUAUGUUCUCCAUGUUCUAGUUUUGUUUUUAUGUAGUUCUAAACACAAAGAUUCGAAUCAAUCAGAAAAUAACUUUGAAUGUUACCUCAAACUAGAACACAUAACCAUGAUUCUUUAUACUCAUCUUAGUGUUGUGAUAUGUAUAUUCAUUCAAAGAUGAAAACAAACACAAAAGCAGAGUCUGAUGGUACAUAAAUUCUCCUCUUUUAAAAUACCAUUAAACAUUGCCAUCAAAAUCCAGAAAGGAUUUGAAAAUGAAACUGGUUAAAUAAAACACAUCAGCCAUGGAGAAUUGUGGGUUCAUUGGCUAGAGAGUUCCCAAGAAUUCAGAAUCUGACAUAGUGUCAUUCCAUAUAUUAGUAUUUUACUUCAAAAAGGCUUUUGCUAAGAGAAUAUAGGAAUCACACCAAAUAAGGACAUGAAAGUACUGGGAAGAUAUGGGGAGUGUUCAAUUUUUAGAACAUCCAGUUUUCAGGAAGAAGGCACCUGCAUCAUCACCUCCAAUUUGGAAUAAGGGGGCUGUCCCAGUAAUACCACUGAAGCCUGGACCACAGAUUACCCCUGGGGAGUGAAUUCCAGUGGGAAAAUAGAGAGUGUUUGGGUAUAUUGAGAUUGGAGUUUCACAUUUGUCUCCUCAUCAAACAGAUGCACUAAUCAGCUGACAUGAAAUUCUCCUGUCUUUGCCCAUAUCUGCAUUUAACAACUGUAUUUCACUUUCAGAAAAUGACCUUGUUUUGAUAGUUUCAUUUUAAACCUUGCUAAGGUGGUUCUGUAUUGAAUAAGUCUAACUUCAGACCUGCAAUCAGCCCUGACUGGAUGGGGUUCCCUGCACAGGGCCCCCAAACUCACCUUGGGAGUCAUUUGGAACCUUUGAGACACUGGGAGUCAGCAAGUGUCAUGGGAGUGUGUAGGCCAACAGCCAGGAUUUCGUUUCCCUACUCUAAGACCCCCCCCAUCUCUCUGCCCCCAUCCAUCACACCUUUUUGUUACUGUCCAUAUGGAAUUUGCUAACAUCUCACUUGUACUCAUGCAGCUAAAGGGAGGUCAGCACCUCAGUCAACCUAUCUCCCCUGGGGAACUGGCACCACCCUGGGAUCACUGAACAGAUCAAACCUUAUGCCUCCACCAUGUCAUGGAAUGCUUUGUUGGGAAUGUAGGGACAAGACACCUAUUACCACCUAUAAGGGAGGAGUGUCACAAUAUGGAGGAUAACCUAAACUCUGAAGGUUUUGGGGUCACCAGGAAAACACAUGAUUGCACAGACACUGGGUGAAGCACUGUUUACUCACAAAGAGAGACAAAGCAAAGUCAGCUUCACAAGUGGAAUUUGGUCCCCCAUGGCUAGUGGGUCCCACUUCAUAGCCAGUGCAGGUAGAGGGUCUACAUACAACCCACUUGUGCACUGUAGGUGACAGACCUGGCCCCCUCCUGAUUGGGAACAUAUGUAACCACAGGAGUUGGCCAGGUGCUAUAAUAUAAUUCAUGUACUUGGCUAAGCAGCCUCAAGUGAAUGUUUAAAUAAUGCUCUUGGCCAAAUGGGAAAGUAUGUUUCAGUAGGUCACUAUCUGGGAAUAUCUUUUAUCUCCAGGCACUCCUGAGGAAGAAGUGAGCCCAUAUUUAUAUCAUUGUAGGAGCCAAGAUACAUCUUCUAAGAAUAGGGUUUAUUUGUGGGUUAUGAGGAAAGUUGGCAGGCCUCACUCAGACUGUCCCUGUCCAUAUUUACUUUCUAUAUAAUCUGAACCUAUAACAUGUUCAUUCCAUUUCUGUUGACUUAAUUUUUUUUUCUUAAUUUGGAUUAGAUAUGUAGGAUGAGAAUUUGUAAGAGGCAAAUUCUCUUUAAGAGAUGUAAAUAAUUACUAUUAGUUCCUUCAGGCUGUUACUUAUUCCUGUAUUUUCAACUGAAGCAUAAAUGAAUUUUUAUCUAACCACUAUAAGAAAUUUACUUAAAAAUGCAAGACCAGAAUCUACUCUAUGUUGAAGUACUCUGCGGAGUCUGGUGGAAACAAAGAAUAGAUUACCUUGAAUAGUAAAUUGAGAUGACUACCUGUAUUCCUUUCCUAUUCCUGUAUUUCAUUGCUGUAUUCAUUUCUUGUUGUAUUCCUCUUGCUGUAUUUCAUUUCCCAUUGCUGUUGUAUGCAAUUAUCAAAUUAGGAGCUUGACCAAUAAAAUUUAUCUGUCUGUUGUAAGUCUCACCUGGUAAAACCAAGGUGUCAGUAGGAUCUUUCUGGAGGCCCCAGGUGAGGGUAAGUUUGCUCAUUCAGGUUGCUGGCAGAAUUCAGUUCCUUGUGAUUAUUGGACUGAGGCACCAUUUCUUUGUUGGAUGUCAGCUGAAGGCCAUCUCCAGCUUCUAAAGAAUCACCCAUAUUCCCUGGCUGAAAACCAACAACUGUCAAAUCAGUCUCAUUCUUUGAAUCUCUCUCCCUUCUGUUGUCUCACUUCUCAGCCAGGAAAGAUUCUCAUCCUUUAGAACUCAUGUGAUUCAAUUAGGCCCACAGAAAAAAUUCAGAUUACCCAGGUAAAUCUCCCCAUCUCAUAGUCUGUACCCUUGAUCAUCUGCAGACUUUCUUUUGCUAUGUAAAGUAAUGUAUUCACAGAUGCUGUGGAUUAAGGCAUAGACAUAUUUUGCAGCUGUUAGUCUGGCUACUACUCACCAAACUAAAAGCUUCAUGCUCAGAUACUGUUAGUUUUAGAAUUGAAUAGUCUUUGAACUCCAGUCAUAUUGAAGUGAAAAUACUUAGAUUCAUUGAUCUGAAUCACUCUGAAAGAUAAGCUUAAUGCUUCAUAGUGAGCUUAAAUGACACAUAUUUAUAGCUUUGAUAAUCAUUUGUCUAAUUUGUAAAUUUUUUGGCUAAAAUAUUUAUUUUUAUAACCUCAGAUCUACUUAACUGCUAAAGUUGAUAAUGUAUCACUUUAUAAGCUUACUUUAAAUAGCUAAGUUCUUAGUGUGUUACUGGGAAGCAUAAUAUUUUAUAAAUCACAUUUUGUGGAAAAUAAGACUAAAUGAAAGCUGUGGCAAUACUUUUGUGCAGAUUUGCUAAAAUUGAAUAUCAACAAUUACCUAAUGUAAAUAUGAGUAUUAACAUCUUGAUUAUUUAUACACCAUAUGCCACAAAUAUCAACUGAUUUUUCUGGCCCAGGCUCAGCUCUCCUCUUCUAGCCUCUUCACAACCAUGAACCUGGCCUCAGGUCACUUGUGCUGAGUUUACCCCAAUCAUGGCUUCCUAUGGGCCCCACCCUGCUGACUCUGUCCACUGUCUCCUUGCAUUCUCCCUCCAACGCUAGCCUCGGUUUACACUGGGCAACUUGAUUUGUCCCCUCACCCAUCAGUUUCUCUCAUUUCCCCCCUCCCAGGCAGGCUCACCCCAGUUCCUCUGCCCUUCAGAGAAACCCUCUCCCCCACCUCUCACCUCAGAUCCAUCCCUCAAGGUCCCCUAGGCCUAACUUACAUCCCUUAGUUUCUGCUCUUCAGUCAGCAUUCUUCUCCCAUUUCAGUUCACUUCCUGUGGGUUCUCUCCUCUAUGUCCUUGACCCUGCAUCUAGACCCCCCCAUUCACUUAAUCUCAGUCAGCUCUCCACCCCACCCAUUAAUUGCCUUGUCCUCCCAGGCCCUCUCACCUUUCUGUUUCUGUCUCAUGGAGCUCAUCUGCCCUUCAGUCUGGGUCUGCCCACCACCUCCUCAGCAGACUCAGGCCUGCAUUUCAACAAGAACACCCCAGCCUAGUGCUGUCCUCUUGCCGGUGCAUACCAUCAGGAGGUACCCAAAAUCCACCCACCCCAAACCUGGAGAUGUCAACUUGAUAAUGGUAAAAUUUCUCCAGGUUUCUCUACAGCCUGCGAAAAUUGUUUUCCCAUUGUAAUGACGUGGAAUUUUAUGGGGGUGUAUCCUAAGAAUGUCAAUAUGGUCCCCAUCCAACUUUAAAGAACACAAAAAUCUUGAUAAUCAAUAUUACACUGCUAUUUUCUUUCAAAACACACCUUGCCUUUGGGAAACAUGAAGAUUCAUAAACUAACAAUUAGAAGGUAUAUGAAAUGAAUAAUCAUCAAUUAUAAAAUUUCUCAUUUUCUAAUUUUGCCAUUUUUCUCCAUCAUACACAAGUCUCUCCUGUACUCAGGAAGUAAAAAGUGAAAUGAAAGAGAAUGGUCAUAUAUGCUGAAAGAUUGCAUAUUUUUGUAUUAGCUUAGUUUUUGCAAUUAUUCUAGUUAACGUUGAAAGUGUUUUGUUUUAAUAUUUUAAGGAUACCAUGAAAUCAUGCUGAAUAUCUUUCAAUUUAUCUUGGAUGGAUAGUUUAGGUAUUGUUUACAUUUGCUUCAUUCUCCUACCAUGCAAAUCCUAAGACAUUCCUUGAUCAGAUUUACAAUGUAUGAAAAUCCAUUAAAUGAUGCCUUUUUACAUGAAGAAGGAAAACUAGUCAUUGAAAAAGUUAUGAUUGCAAACAAGGCACUAAGGAGAUUGGGAGACACAGUACUGCAUAGGAGUGGUGAGAAUCAGAUCUUUGGUGGGGCAGAUAAUUUGCCUACAUUUGUGAUUUGCUUUGUCUUGGACUCCACUUGUCCUCUCAGGAAUACUCAAUAUCAAGAGCUUCUUCAGGCAAGUAAGUACUUAGUGAUGUGUCCAUGAGUCACGUCUCAUUGUGACUCCUGUCACAAGGAGCAUAGGGUCAGACCUGCCGACACAGGGAAGUCUGUUUAGGUGUAGGUACAUAAGGAAGUCUCCAGGCAGACCAAAUCUAGUUUCAUGUAGGCUGAAAGUACAUCAGCUUGCAUUAAAAAUAUCCGAAGCAUUAAAAAUUCAAGGUGAUCUAUGAAGAUAUUCAGCCACCUAACCUGAUGAAAUGUUACAUUACAGCAUUCACAAUAUGUCUUUGGUAGUUGGGGAACUUUCUCUGGGGUUCAAUUCCCCCAAAGAACAGCUGUCAAAUUUUUCUUCAAGAAUUGACUAGAAGAUAAAUUUGAAUAUUUAAUGUGUAAUUGAUAUUAAAUUUCUGAAUAGCUCAGUUUAUUGCCCAGAGAACAUCUGCCACAUAGUAAAAACUAGAAGCUGGGCAAUUUCUUCUCUUUGCUAUAGGUAUCACUAAUUUGCUCACAAACCUGUGAAUGAGCUGUGUGUACUAUGAUUGUGGGGAACUGAGUCUUCAUGUAGCCUGAGGCAUAUCUGGGGUGGUGGCUUAGAAUGCCGAGCCGUAGGCCUGCAUAGAAUGCCAUGCAGGCCCACCCUGUAAAGAUGUGGGUCUUGUG